CAGAGCUGAUACGUGACCCAGGCACCCCCACCCCUUGCACUGGCAGAGUGAGAUGGCGUCGCGCGUGCAGGACGGUUACCAUGACAACCAAGGCCUCAACACGCAGAGUACCCAAACCCCUAAAGUGCCAAACUCAAAGAGCGACAACAUGGGCAAGACCUUGCGCCUGCCCGGUGCUUCACGACGGGUGAGCGCCUGGAGCGACGAUUUGGAGGAGCUUGAUGAGAGGAGCAGGGCGAGUCCACGGCGCCACUUAUUUGGGAAGCGAACAGUCUCUGUCCCGCAUCAACUUAGUGAGCGCUGCGAUGUCUGGAGCUCGGGCAGCGACAGGUCUGGAGUCAGGGCUCUCAGCGACACAGAUGAUCGGUCCAUCGACGAAUCCGGCAGCGGUCUUUCGCCAGUUCUGUUGCGGGGCAUUUUUGAGAUGGAGAAAAGAAGCUGCGACGUGUCGCUAACUUGCAGCCAGUUGCUGUGGAACCCCAUUCAGCCAGAGAGUCCAGUGAGCACAAGUCUGACACGCCAGCAGAAAGAAGAGUUUAUAGACUUGAGAGACAUAUUCUCAGUGAAACUAAAACGACGACGUUCUGCUGGGCAGACGAAAGGUGGCACUCUCUUGGGCAUCACAAUAUUUUUGUGCAUCAGAAAAGGACGGAAGCUAAAAGAUCGAUCAGUUCAUCUUCACAACCAAAGUGAGGAUUAUUGUGAUAUAUGGUUCAAACAACUGAAGGAGAUCUUAAAUGGAUUUCCAAAUAGACCAAAGUCUCUGAAGAUAAUAAUUAACCCACACAGCCAUAAAGGAGAAGCUUCCAAACUCUAUUAUGAGCACGUUGCACCACUCUUCAAGCUUGCUGACAUCCAGACAGAUGUUACAGAAACAACGUAUGCUGGCCAUGCUCUUGCCUUACUCAGAGAAUGUGAACUCCAGGAAUAUGAUGGAAUAGUUUGUGUUGGCGGUGAUGGAUCAGCCAGUGAGGUUGCUCACGGUCUUCUUCUCCGAGCCCAGAUAGAUGCCGGAAAGAAUACGAACACAAUUUUCACACCAGUGAGAGCAUCACUUCCUUUGGGAAUAAUACCAGCAGGUUCCACUAAUGUGCUGGCAUACUCACUUCAUGGAACUAAGCAUGCAGGGACUGCGGCAUUACAUAUUAUCAUGGGUAACAUCCAGCCAGUUGAUACUUGCACAUUUAGCAGUAACAAUAAGCUUCUUCGGUUCGGUUUCUCGGCCAUGGUUGGAUUUGGAGGAAGGACACUUGCCUUGGCGGAGAAACAUCGCUGGAUGCCUUCAUCCCAAAGAAGGGAAUUUGCAUUUCUGAAAACACUUGCCAAUUUAAAACCAGAAACUUGUGAACUAACCUUUCUACCUAUUGAAAAUGAAGAAGUGAAAUAUCGUUCAGCCCAAAAGAAAAACAGAGGGAAAGCUGCUCACUCUGCCAGCAAGGAUCCAUGGCAACACCUCCAAGGUCAAUUGCUAAAUGCAAGCUUUAUGGCUAUCCCCUGCCUUUGUUCAAUGGCCCCCAGAGGAUUGGCACCCAAUACCAGGCUAAACGACGGAACUAUGGCUCUUAUUAUAGCAAGGAACACUUCGAGGCAAGAAUUUGUGAAGCAUUUAAAAAGAUUUGCCACUGUGAAAAAUCCGUUUAGUUUCCCAUUUGUUGAAACUUUCCUGGUUGAAGAAGUAAAGGUAUCCAUAAAACACAAUGGCAGAAAUACAGCAGAAGGUAUCUGUCCUUGGAAUAUAGAUGGAGAUUUAUUGGAAGUGUCUUCUGAUAUCCAUGUUAGGUUGCAUCCAGAACUCAUUAAUAUUUAUGGAACUAACGUUGAAGAGCUGGACGGGUUUAAUGCAAAAUGCAGCUGUUUGUAGUUUCUCUUUUUCUAAACAAAAACAGUCUGUGAGAAAUAGAUUUUUCUUUGGUUUUUUACUAGGGAUGCACUUAAUCCAGAAUUUAGUUUGGGAUUCUGCCUUUUUCUGCGAAUCCAAGUGCCUGGCCGAUCCGAAUCAAAAAAUCACGCAACUUUUUGUCACACAAACAUUGCGUGCGUGGUUCUCUUUCCCCCUUUUCCCCUAAUUUACAUAGGGAAAUUAUUGCUCGGUUCGGUAUUUGGCCAAAACUUUCACAAAGGAUUCAGCUGAAUCCUAAAAUUACGGAUGCGUGUAUCCAUAUUUUAGUACCUUAUGUUUUUAAAUAUAUCUGUAGCAAAAGAAACAAUGGCAUUAUAAAUGACACAAAGUCAUAAAAGACAUAAAAUGGAAUUUAAAGCCACAAACAAUCAAUUGUGAUAGAAUAAUGGCGCAGAAACACAGAAUUUGUAUGAAUGACUAUUUGAUAGGAUAACUUUGCUCUUCUUUUAACAAUCAUCAUGGUCUCUUGUCUAAAUUCUAAUACUUUUUUUUUAUCAAACUGAUUUUUUUAUAUUCAAAUGCUUAUUUUCAAUGUAUUUGUGGUGAUGUUUGUAGGACAUUAAAAAUAAAGUGGCUAGAAUUACCCCAAUUAACAUAAAAGGAUUCUCUUACCCUUGUAAAAAUGUUUGCCCCAACCCUUUACUAUUGCUUUAAAGCCCAGUUUCACUGAACUGUCUGAUCCAUUGUAUAACAGCACAGCUUCACUCAUUGGCAGCUUAACAUCUCCAUGUCUCUUAGUUCACUGAAUGAGGGGAUAUGAUUACGUCUGGCGUUCCUUGUGGUGGAGAUGUCAUUAACUGUUUGUGAUGCAAAGUCUACUUUUUCUGUCUUUUUUUUUAAAUGAAAUUAAUACCAGCCAGAUCACUUGAAUCGUACAUCAGCACAGACGUAGGAACUGUUCUUCUACUGAAUAUUAUGCUUUUUUUUAGUCAACAUCAUGUUCUAUGUGAUGUCUAUAAAAGUAGUCAUAUGAAAAAGUUUGGGAACCCCUCUCAGCCUGCAUAAUAAUUGACUCCACUUUCAACAAAAAAAGAUAA